UUUCUCCUGCUGCUCCUGAACCCUUGCACCAGUGGCCCUAUGUGGGCUUACAUCCUAGCCCACGAGAAUGCUGUCCCUCUCUGGAGAUCCCUGAUGGGACCCACUAAAGUGUUCCGAGCCCGACACAGUGACCCGGACUCCAUCCGAGGUGCCUACGGCCUCACGGACACCAGGAACACCACCCAUGGCUCAGACUCGUCUGCCUCAGCUAGCAGAGAAAUUGCCUUUUUCUUCCCUGAGUUCGAUGAGCAGCGCUGGUACGAGCAGGAUGAGCCCCAGCUCCGCCGUGGGCAGCUGUACUACAGUGCUGAGGAGCGCGUGCACCGUGUGCUCAGGCCGGAGGAGGCACAGGUACAGAUCCAGGGAUCUUCAGGACAUCACUGCUGUCCUUGUCCUCAGCAGUGUCCAGAGGGGAUCUGCUCAGGAUCCUGUSUGUCUUCACACAGGUUUGAGAGCUGCUGUCCCCAGUGCUGUUGAUACUUCAUUGAUAUUUCGUCGGUGUUUUAUUGAUUCCUGGAGGUUUUGCUCAGAUAUAUGUGUUUUUCUUGUAACUAUUAAACUUGACUAUUUUUCACCUUUC